UUCGUAGAUCAGUAAACUGUUGACCCUGGUCGUUCCAUGCCUCAACUUACCCGCUAGCAAAGCACAAUUAGGCAAUUUUAAUAAUAACAGAUGACUAUUAGCGCAAAUACGAUCCGCUACAACCACAUGUUCCUAAAUAUAACCGUGAUAUAUACCUAAAUAUAUCUAUUAUUUGGAAAACAGACAAAAAAUUGAAUUAAUUGGCAAAUUCACCAAAUUAUGAGUUUAUUUAUACAUGAAGACCGUUUGUAGCCCUGUCACUUAGUUGUAGGGAAAUGCUGAUGUUUUCAUUUGAGUUAUGCGACCCCUAGACAAGAAAACAGGACAAGCUAGUAAACAGCCGAGAAAAGAACAAAAAAAAAGGUCUGACAUAUUAAUACCUAGCUUUACACCUGAAGAGUUAAUCAAACUCGGUAAGCAGUAUGCAGGACUGGAAUCGCCCAUCGAUAUAUCAUUCCCGAUACUCACGGAGGCACAUCUGCGACCAUUGGAAUGGGUCAAUUUCGAAAAGAGUCCAAAACGGAUGAAAAUUUCCAAUAGCGGAACGACAGCCAUCCUGAGUGCCAAAUGGCACGGGCCUCGCCCCUACCUCUCGAAGGGACCACUCACAGGAUUUUACGUCUUUUCUCAGCUCCAUUUUCAUUGGGGCAGUAACUUGGAGGAAGGAAGUGAGCACACUAUGGAUGGAAGAUCGCUUCCCCUGGAGGUUCAUGUUAUGUUCUUCAAAAACACCUACUUGACUCAAGAAGACGCCAUGAAACAAACGGAUGGUACUGUCACCGUCGCAUACCUCUUCACAUUGCAGAGUAAUGAUAACGAAGAUUUCAAUCCUAUCAUUUCCGCGAUUCAAGAAAUACAAAGACCGCUUACGUCUUAUCAUUUGGAACUGCUUCCUCUGCAGAAGUUCCUUAACAUCUUUACAGAUGACUAUUUUAUGUAUUGGGGCAAUGUGGUGAAUAGGAGUAUAUUGUGGUUGGUAUGUCGUAGGCCGCUUGGAAUCAGCGCACGACAGCUUUCAUUUUUUCACAGCAUGACGGGAAUCAACGAGAAACCCAUCACAAAAAACUUUCGGAGUAUUAAGGAAAUCAAUCAUCGAACUGUUUAUCACAUCAAUGCAUCAAGAUAUCGAAGUGACGUUCUCAUUGAAUUUAGAAGAGAAUCGAGAAUAAGUAAUACCAGGAAGACUAGACACGGCGAAACAGGCAAGAAUGCGGUUGGAAUAGGCGAUGGAAAGCUGAGGAAUGAUCAACUUUCCAAGGACGGUUCGGCAGAAAAAGUAUCUCAAAAUCUGAAGGAUGAUUCUAUUCAUAUUAAUAUAUCCGUGCAUACUGAUGAGAAAAUGGAAAAUGUCAAUUCAAUCUCGGUUAUCGACGAAGAAGAAGAAGUGAGUAGUUUACAUCGAUCUACCUCAAACAAUGAAGCUAUCAACUUGGAAAAGAAAAGGAAGAGCCAAAUCAAAUUUCAGUUGGCAUCGGCGUUACUGAAUCUCGAAAAAGAAGAAGGAAACGAUUACGGUUUUCUAGAAAAAUACCUUCAAACGAAAUUCGACACAAUCCAGCAAGACCAAUGUUGUCGUCCGCCGUCGAGCGACGAGAAACAAGAAGGGAUGCUUCUCCCGAGCGUCCGUUCUCUCCGUAUGAACUCGUUCGAAGACUUCGACUCGUCCACGGCUUCAACAAUAAGAGACAAAAGUAAAUCAGAUACGAAUUGCUUCAAAAAAUUUGCAACAUCGAAUGUCGAUAGUGAUUGUGAGAUCGGGGAAACUAACAAAUCCUGUUGGUCCUCGAUGAAUAACAUGUCUGAAAAGGAAAGCAGGAGUGAAGGGGUGGAAGAGCUGAUCCUUCAAACUAGACCGAAGACGUCCGCCGCCAAGCUGUUGUCCACGGGCAGCAGCAUGAUCAUCAAUGCCGAGGAGAGGGUCCUGACCCUCCGUUCCUCUAGCAAGCUGGCCCAAGUAGUGUCGCCCCCCUCCAGGACGAAGUCCAUCACCCGGGCCGUUCUCGUCAGGAAGCCUUCUUCAGAAAAGGAUAAGGCAAAGAAUGCAAUGCUAAGUGAAAGUUCCGGAAAGUCAAUAGAAUCGACGGUGGAAGAAGCCCGGGCUAAAAUUCGCUCUUCAUUGAAGCAGUCACUGACGAGGUUGAGUAAGCUACGUGGAUCGCCGUUGAAGGAUUCUACGAAGAACCAGAAACCUGAUUCGAGAUCCUCAAGACCGGCUUGGAGGUACUGAAGGACGGCUUUGCGGGAUCAAACUUCUACAGGAAAGACGAUAUUACUGUUUAUUUAUGUGUAAUUGUAACGUCUUAAACGGUUUUAUUUUAUUAAUAAAUUAUUGUUCCACUUUGACAAAAAUCCUCGAAUACGUCUCAUGUGUUUUUAUUAAUUCA